AGGCACCAGUCGUGUCUGGGCGCGCGCGCACGGCGGUCGGUUCGUCUGACGAGUACUGGGCGCGCAUGGCCGGUGCAGGUCGAGGUGCGCGAGCGAGUCCUUUGUCAGUGUGUGCGCGCCGUGUGAGUGCCGUCGGGCAGCUUUGCAACCAUGCCCAAAGACUUGGAUGUCAUCCUGGAGGAUGUGGGACAGUUCGGGAAGUACCAGAUUAUUACCUACUUCAUCAUCAGUCUGCCCAUGGUGUUCGCUAUUGUCUCCAGCCAUAGUUUCGUGUUUACGUCGGGUGAUAUGACAUAUAGAUGUCAAGUCCCAGAGUGCGAGGGAAACAUCACGGAAGCCAGCGAGGAGAACUUCAUCCCCUCGUGGCUCCAUAGGGCUGUGCCCUUCGAAGAAAAGGCUGUGGGCCUUAUGCCUAGUCAGUGUUACCGCUACACGCCAACAACGAACGAUAGUGUAAUAAGUGACAAUUGCCCGACACAGGCAUUUUCCAACUACACUAAGGAGCGUUGUGAAAAUUGGGUGUUCAAGGGUGAAGAGUCUUCCAUUGCGAGAGAGUGGUCGCUUACAUGUGACGACAACAAGAUGAGUGUGGCAUUUGUAUUUGCUGGCAUGAACCUUGAAUUUCUACCUCAAUGGGCCUUGGUAACAAAUAUUUAAAUUAUAUGCCUCAAACUGGACUCAUUGGGAAAUGCGGGUCUCCAACUUCUUACAUAUUUAUCGGAAAUGAAUAGAUUUGGAAGAAAGAAAACACUGUGUUCAUCUCUCCUUGCUAGUGGCCUUUGCUGUUUCUUGUUCAUUGGAAUUCCUGGAGAUUGGAUAUGGCUGCGAAUUGCUUUAUACCUGUUUGGAAAAUUCAACAUUACAAUAUCCUUUGAUGUAUUGUACAUAUUUGCUGUUGAACUGUUUCCUACUGAACUAAGACAAACUUGCUUGGCUGCAUGCUCUGUACUUGGAGGCAUGGGACAGAUUCUUGCACCUCAACUGCCUUUAUUGUCUAACUACAUGGAAUCAUUACCUCUGAUAUUAUUUGGAAGCAUGUCUGUUGCAUCCGGAAUUCUUGCCCUACUACUUCCAGAAACUCAAGGUACUAAACUUCCAGACACAGUAGAAGAAGCAGAGAACAUCAGCUUGAAGAGAAGACAAAUAAAACAAGAUGCUCUUGCUCAAGUCGAAAGUGAAGGAUUGAAAAAUUCAACUCAUUAAUAAUUAGAUAAAUUAGAUAAUUAUUUUAUACAAUAAAUUUUCAUUAUAUGUUUAAUAUAAUCAUAUGUUCCAGUUUGAGUGUGAUAGUAUCCUCAGCUAUCUCACUUUCACUGAAAGGAAAACUUCAUUUGUUCUACAUCUCAGUAAAAAAUUAUAAUUUUAACAUUAAAUAUUGUAGAAGUUAUAAACAAGUGAAAUGUUAAAAAUAUAACUUUUCUUUACACAACAACAAAAUAAUUGACAUCCAGAUUUCUUCUGCAUUGAAAUAUGUAAGUCACUUGCAGCAGUGCUCAUGGCACUGCCACAAAAUUAUGGACUCUCUUCCAUGAAGCAUAAGAUAAAUAUUGGGUUUUUCCUAAUAAUGGUGGAAUGAAACAAUGAAGUAUAAUUCCUGCCAACUACAAGAAGUGCAAUUGUCAAUGCUGCUUUCCAGUUCAGAUUCACCCAAUAUUGUAUAUAUUAACAGAUUGACUGAAAUGAAUGUAUAAAUCAUGUCUAUAAAGCUAAUACAUGAAAAUGGUACUUCAAUGGCCUUAAAAAAGUGAUAUUUCAAUGCCUUUCAUCUCACAUUGCCUUCUGUAACUAAUAAACUAAUGUAGCAUGAAUAUCAAACAUUGUAAUUGCAAGAACAAAGAAAUGUCAGAUUUAUUAUGUUUCACAUUUAAUACAUGUAAUGUAUCUUUUGAUCUAAGGAAAUGGAAAGUAUUUUUGGAUUUCAAGGAAAUAUGACUACCUUUAGUUAGUGAUGGUGUAUAAAAGCCCACCAAAGUAUUAAUCAUUGCUCCAUUUCUCACUUAUUCACUUAGAAAAAAUUAUUUGCAUAUUAUAAUGUAUUAUGGAAAAGUACAAUAUUUAUUCUUAUAGUUGAUCAUGAAUUCAAAGAACAGAGAAGAACUUUUAAAACAAUAGUAGCAUCUCAAUUAAUCUAUGCUUGCCAAGAAACGAUUAGUUACUGAAGAAUGUGAAGUUAAACUUUUCAUUAAAAUACAUUCUCAUAUUAUUUCACAAUCUAGAUUAAUUAUUAUAGUGUUUAAUUUAAGAUUAUUCAAUGAAAAAUCUGAAGUGGAUGACAUUGAAUUUGAGAAUGAUUUGAGUAUUUGUGCAAACUACCGUGCCUUUUUUAAGAAAGACUGUAUUGUGUGUGCAUAUUAUUAUUAUUAUUUUCUUUUUUUGUUUCAUUUCUGUAUUCUUUGAAGGUUGAAGAAUGGAACAGUAAUUAUUCCCAGAAUGUUACCUGCCUUAAAGGGUAAAUUAAAGCAAAGACAAGUUACCCUUUUCAGUCCUGCAGCUUUUUGAGAAAUAUUACCAUUAAAGAUGAAAUGACCAAGUAGUUACUUACCUCUUCUAACAAUAAAGGAAUAUUUUAUUUUUAAAGAGUCAGAAAUGAAAACAGUCACUGAAUAGAAAUAUUGUUCUGUAGGAAAGUACAAAUGACAUUGUACAUAUUAGAUGGAGUUAUUAGUAAAGCAAUUGCUAUAUUUUGCUUUGCAAAAUGAAUUUUAAGUGACCUGAAUCUUUAAUAAUAAUACUGUUGUUUAUAAACAGUCUCUUUGUAUAAUUUUAAAUGGUAUUUAUAUGCUUGUGAAAAUGGUGUAUCACCAUUUGAAGAAUAACAUUGUCAUCAACUUUUGUAGCAGAAUUCAUUUAUUAAAUUUAUUUACUUGUGUUUUUGUAGUUUUUUCAUUGUCCAUUCCUCUAUUUUAUG